UCUUUCUCUAAUGCCAUCGUUUAGGUAUGGCCCGAGAGCUUUGUUUGCCUUCAUUUCACGUCGAAACGCAAUCAGGAGUCCGAUCACUCGUGCUCAGAGGAGUUGCAUAUCGAACCAAUUUCGUCGAUUCGGGUCCCUUUGCGGCGUCGAGAGAUGCAGCUACUCUCUUCUUCUUUUCUUUUGGGUUGAUGAUGCUAGAAGAGUCUCUUUCGGCGCUGGGAGCGUGUUUCAGAGACGGCAUUUUCUGGGAUGCGGAGAUGGGGAGGAAGGUGGUGGUGAGUUAUCCAAGAUCUACCAAGAGCGUCGUCUCUUGGGGUAUUCUCAGGAGCAACUGUUUAAUGCAGUUCUAGCCGUAGACUUGUACCACGGGUUUGUUCCUUGGUGUCAACGCUCCGAGGUUCUUAAAGAAUAUCCAGAUGGUAGUUUCGAUGCAGAACUUGAGAUUGGUUUCAAGUUUCUUGUUGAGAGUUACAUUUCUCAUGUAGAGUUCGAAAGGCCAAAAUGGAUCAAGACAACAGCGAGGGACACAGGCCUGUUUGAUCAUUUGAUAAACCUCUGGCAAUUUAAGCCAGGACCCAUUCCAGGAACCUGCGACCUUUCUAUCCUUGUCGAUUUCAAGUUCAACUCACCUCUCUAUCGCCAGGUGGCUUCGAUGUUCUUUAAGGAGGUAGCAACAAGACUCAUGGGGGCAUUUAGUGACCGAUGCAGAUUAGUGUAUGGUCCAGGAGUUCGAGUGGAUGAAAACGCAUUUGAGCAAAGAGCUUGAGAUAGAAGUAUCAACAUGAGGUUAGUUUACAUCUUGUUUGGUUGGUAGAGAGCGAUUACGCUAUAGCUUGUUUCAUUUUUUUAUGUUCAUAUAUGAAUGCUUUUGCAUAAGAAGAUUAGACACAUUGUUUGUUUAAUGUAAAAGCUGAAAAUAAAUACAUCCAUAUUUCUCGUC